UUGAGUUAACUAAUGAAUACUUAACUUCUUCCCGGUAGGCUCGUUUUGGGUUUCUCUUCUCCGUCGUAAGAAAUGGGGACCAAUCUGAGAUCCGUGAUCUAUGUAUUUCUUCUCCUCUUCGUCGUCGUCUUCACCGUCAACGCUCAAAAUCGGAGACCCAAGAAUGUUCAGGUGGCUGUUAAAGCUAAGUGGCAGGGUACUCCUCUUCUCCUCGAGGCUGGAGAGUUGAUUUCGAAAGAAUCGAAGCAGCUUUUCUGGGAGUUCAACGAAGCUUGGCUUGGUUCCGAUGGAGAUUCCGAUUGUAAAUCGGCUAGAGAUUGUCUCCUCAAGAUAUCUACACAGGCCUCUGCGUUAUUGGCUAAGCCCGUGGCUUCUCUUUUUCAAUUCUCGCUUACUCUGAGAUCCGCGUCGCCCCGGGUUGUGCUUUACCGUCAAUUGGCUGAUGAGUCUCUCUCUUCCUUCCCUCACGGAGAUGAUCCGUCAGCGAGUCACUGCUGUUGGGUCGAUACUGGCUCUUCACUCUUUUACGAUGUUGCGGAUCUCCUCCCCUGGCUCGCUUCUCCUCCUACUGCUGGAGGAGACGCUGCUCAGGGGCCUGAGCUCUUUGACUUUGAUCACGUUCAUUUUGAUUCGAAAGCUGGAACUCCAGUUGCUGUUCUAUACGGGGCUGUUGGGACUGAUUGCUUUAGGGAAUUUCACCUCUCGCUUGCUCAAGCCGCUAAGGAGGGGAAAGUUACGUAUGUUGUUAGACCAGUAUUACCUUCUGGCUGUGAAAGCAAAACGAGGCCCUGUGGUGCUAUAGGGGCAAGGGAUAAUGUUAGCUUAGCUGGUUAUGGUGUGGAGCUUGCUUUGAAGAACAUGGAGUACAAGGCAAUGGAUGAUAGUGCUAUAAAGAAAGGUAUCACUCUUGAAGAUCCCAGGACUGAAGAUCUUAGUCAAGAUGUUAGGGGUUUUAUAUUCUCUAAAAUCCUGGACAGGAAACCCGAGCUAAGAUCAGAAGUCAUGGCUUUUAGGGAUUAUCUCCUAUCAUCAACUGUAUCAGAUACGCUUGAUGUUUGGGAGCUCAAAGAUUUAGGACACCAAACAGCCCAGCGAAUAGUCCAUGCCUCUGAUCCUUUGCAAUCUAUGCAAGAAAUCAAUCAAAACUUUCCAAGCGUUGUUUCUUCAUUAUCUCGCAUGAAGCUCAAUGAAUCAAUCAAAGAAGAGAUACUUUCAAACCAGAGAAUGGUUCCCCCUGGCAAGGCUUUGUUGGCUCUGAAUGGUGCCCUGUUAAACAUUGAAGAUAUGGACCUAUACAUGUUGAUGGAUUUGGCUCAUCAGGAGUUGUCCCUGGCCAACCAGUUUUCAAAGCUUAAGAUACCUGAUGGAGCCAUACGGAAACUUUUACUAACUACCCCUCUCCCGGAGCCGGAUUCAUAUCGGGUUGAUUUCCGUUCUGAGCAUGUUAAUUAUCUCAACAAUCUGGAGGAGGAUGAUAUGUACAAGCGCUGGCGGAGUAAUCUUAACGAGAUUUUGAUGCCUGCCUUCCCUGGGCAACUACGUUACAUCCGAAAGAACCUAUUCCAUGCAGUUUACGUCAUUGAUCCAGCCACUGUCUGCGGUCUUGAGUCCAUUGACACACUAAGAUCUUUAUACGAAAACCAAGUCCCUGUGAGAUUUGGGGUGAUAUUAUAUUCCACUCAACUAAUCAAGAAUAUCGAGGAUAAUGGUGGUCAAAUCCAGUCUUAUGAUGCAGAGACAAAUGCCCACGUUAAAGAGGACAUAUCCACUACGAUCAUACGUCUUUUUCUGUACAUCAAGGAGCACCAUGGGAUUCAAACAGCUUUUCAGUUUUUGGGAAAUGUAAUAUACACUAACAUUUACUCAUAGCUAGAAGCGUCUUGA